CAGAGGAAAUGGCCCUUAGACGUCACUACUUCUUGGUCGCUACCUGAUCCUAUUGGUGUACCGCAGUACUGCCCUAAUGCUAUUGGCCGAGAGGAGAACCUCAGGAAAGCUUAGCAAAAUCGAGCAGGGUAACAGAGCAACAGAAGACAGCGAGGGGCGGCGAGGGAAUGACUGAAUGAAAAUUCGCCUAGCUACAUCGACUGUAGUUUUAGGAAAGUGCCACCCUCCCUUAAAUAUUUCCUAUUGUAUAAUCAACAAACGUAAUAUUUAAAACAUAUCUUGCUAGUAAAAUCCUAAAAUAGCGAGGAUGUUGGUCCCCGCUGGAAGAUAAUGAAGCGGUUGCGCGUUUUGUUCGUGUGCCUCAUUGUAGCUGUCCUUUGCUGGUACCCCAGAAGUCAUGUGUGUUGUUCAGAGCACAACUCGUCAGGUCCAGGUGUGUCUAGUGGAGACAGCAGCCCCCCAGAGCAUCUUCACGACCAUGAGCAUGCGCAGUACCACAGGACGGACCUCAAGAUGGAGUCGCCGAGGACACACACACACUCCUCCUACGACGUGGGACUGGAGACAGAGAGGGCUGCACUAGAGGAGCCCAACACACACAACACUGAACAGGCUGUGAAUCAGGAGGAGCCUGUAGUGGUAGAGGUCUGGUCAGCCCCAGAACCACACGCUGAUCCUGAACCCCCCGCUGCUGCUGCUGAGCCAAGCACACAAAUGACACAGCCUCACACACACACCCACCCAGAGCCCGAUACACAACUCCCUCCCCUCCAGGACCAGGCAACUCCACCCUCCUCCACCCCAUCGCCCAGCGAUGACCUAGCCCAGGACCAAGCCUCCACAGACCCCCCAGCCCCGCCCGAGACCCGCAGUGAUGCCCUGGCAGAACCCAGCCCAGCCCCGGCCACAGAAGACCCCCAACACACACCUACCUCUCACACCCCUGCCCCAGCCAGUGGUGAUGCUGACCUAGUGGAGAGCCAGUCAGAGCAGGAUCAAAUUCAGGCUGGUUCUGAUGCUGAUGUCCAAGCAUCUGUCAGCCUAGAGGACCCAGACCAGGACCAAGGUCUACCAGAGCUGGACCUGGGGGGAAACACGUCCCACAGGCACCAAGACACCGACCAAGACCAGCAGGCAGUGGAUGCCAGUGAUGCCAGCGCUAUUGAGACGGACCCCUCAGUGCCCAGUAAGGAGGACAUCCCAACCUUCGACGAGUGGAAGAAACAAGUCAUGGAAGUGGAGAAAGAGAAGACUCUGUCCCUCCAUACCUCUUCAAGUGGAAGCCCCCCUGUGAAGAAGGUACAGAAGAACUUUAAAAACAACUAUGCUUCUGUGGAGUGUGGCGCUAAGAUACUGUCAGCUAACACAGAGGCCAAGAGUACAUCUGCUAUCCUCAUGGAGAAUAUGGACCUGUACAUGCUGAACCCCUGCAGCAUCAAGAUCUGGUUUGUGAUAGAGCUGUGUGAGCCCAUCCAGGUGAAACAGUUGGACAUCGCUAACUUUGAACUCUUCUCCUCCACACCUAAAGACUUCCUGGUCUCCAUCAGCGACAGGUAUCCCACCAACAAGUGGUUGAAGUUGGGAACGUUCCACGCCCGUGACGAGCGCACCGUCCAGAGCUUCCCAUUGGAUGAACAGCUCUACGCCAAAUACAUCAAGAUGUUCAUCAAGUACAUAAAGGUGGAGCUCAUCUCCCACUUUGGAUCAGAACACUUCUGUCCCCUCAGCCUCAUCAGGGUGUUUGGUACCAGUAUGGUGGAGGAAUAUGAAGAGAUUGCAGAUUCUCAGUACCCCUCAGAGAGGCUGGAGUACCUUGAUGAGGAUUAUGACUACCCUCCUGGGUACCUCCACUCUGAGGACAAGGGGUCCAAAAAUCUGCUGGGCUCUGCCACAAAUGCCAUUCUCAACAUGGUCAACAACAUAGCAGCCAAUGUUCUGGGAGGCAAGCCUGAGGGAGGAGCACAGAUAGAAGCCAACGCAUCAUCAGAAGCCCAGAACGAGACUGAGGGAAACAAAGAUGUGCAGCUCACCCCAACUCCAACCCCCACCACUCCUCCUCCAGUUGUGGAGACAGUGGAGCCAGACGACCCUGGUCCCCAGGAGGACCCUGACUCCCCCCUGCUUCCCCCCUCCCCGGAGGAUGGACAGAUCGUGACUCUGAUGGAGGAGGAGCCCCCACAGUCCACUGUGACUCUGAUGGAGGAAGAGGGGGAUGAUGAUGAGCAGGAGGAGAGAGAGGAACAGUGGGAGAGGGAGAGCCAACUGUACUGUCCACUCUCUUCUGUCUCUUCUCUUUCUUGUGUGGCCACACUGCCAGAGUUGCUACAGCGCUGGUGUGACGCUCACCUCACCAGAGAGAGGCAGCAAGACACACACACCCCUAUACAGGUCCCUGUCCCUACCCCCACACACACACAGGAAGCCCCAACACACACAGAGACGGUGCCUGAGACUGCCCCCCAAGCCCAAAAUGAGGGGCUACCCCCUUUAGACUCUCAAAAUCAUACCCUUUACAUCGACACACCCCCCGUGGAUACUAUCAUUUUGCUGGAGCCUAGCCGGACCUUUACCCUGCCCCCCCACAGCUUCUCUCAAACCUCCCUCUGCAAACCCACCCCUACCCAGGACGAAGCUCCCCAGCACCCCAGCCAAGAAGACCCUGUCCCCCCUCCAACCCUGCAGGGAGCCCCCAUCCCGGAGACUCAACAGGCCAGCACCCCCACCCCUACUCCCAGCUCCACCACUCCCCUACACCUACCAACCUCUGAGACAGCCUCCCUGGACAUCCCUCCCUGCCCCUUGAAGGAGCAACCAGUCCAGCCCCUUCCCACAGCCUCUAGACCUGCAGACCUCCCCCCUCCCACUGACCUCCCUGUCCCCCCUCAGCCUGACACAAACACAGAGCCACACACACCCAGGGCUGGGGCAGAGAGUGGAGACAUCCAGGGUCAGGGGGAGCAGGGAGAUGCCUCUGCCCAGCCAGCAGAACACCUGCAUGGGGAAGAAUCCGUGGAAGACCUACUGCUUAGCGUCCCGGUGACCGCUAACGGACAUUUACACCGGACGGCUACAGACUUCUACGCUGAGCUGCAGAACGCGGGGGAGUACAUUGGAGGGAAUGGAGGGGUGAACGUGUAUGGCUCCAGUCAGAAGGAGAGUGUGUUCAUGAGGUUGAACAACAGGAUCAAAGCCCUGGAGAUGAACAUGUCCCUCAGCAGCAGAUACCUGGAGGAACUCAGCCAGAGGUAUCGUAAGCAGAUGGAGGAGAUGCAGAGAGCAUUCAACAAGACCAUAGUCAAACUGGAGAACACCUCCCGCAUCGCUGAAGAACAGGACCAGCGGCAGACAGAGUCUAUCCAGAUGUUACAGGGCCAGCUGGAGAACGUCACCAAGCUGAUGAUCAACCUCACCAUGACUGUCUCACAGCUACAGAGAGAGGUGUCUGACCGACAGAGUUACCUGGUGGUGUCUCUAGUCCUGUGUCUCUGUCUGGGCCUGGUGCUCUGCCUGCAGUGCUGCUGGAGUGCCAACACACACACCGUCACACACACUGCAGGAAACCACUACCCCAGCCCCAAGAGGUGUUUCUCCUCCUAUGAUGAUUUGAGUCUGAAGCGGAGGGUAUCGUGUCCUCUCCUACGCUCCAAGUCCUUCACCUUUCCUACUUCAGAAGUAGGCCCUGACGACCUUUACAUUGUUGAACCUUUAAGGUUCUCACCAGAGAAAAAGAAGAAACGAUGUAAACUGAAGGCAGCAUUAUCAGCCCCCUCUUCUCCGAUGGCUAACGGGGGACUCAAAUGCAAGGGUCUCCCCCACUCCCUGAAUCCCCCUCCUCCUUUAGAAGACAUGUCCUGUAAGGAGCUCCCCUUCCCAUCAGAGAAUAGCAGCUGUAGCUCCUCCAGCCACUCUGAAGAGUCCUACAUCAGCCGAGGCCAUCCCCUCUCCUCCCCCCCAGGCCUGUGUAAUGGCCACGCUGCCGUGCUCCUCCCAUCCAACCUUCCCUCCCUCCCUCUCCCCUCCUCCCUUCCCUCCCUCCCCCUCUCUCUUCCCUCUAAGAGGUCAGUGAAGCGUCGGCGGUCUCGUCAGGGAGAUCUGCAGUUCUCCUCCAGACAGACAGGAGGCGCUGCUGUGAAUGCUCUGCACAGCCUGCAGCAGCUGAUCAAGGGAAACAAGGAGAUCAGUGUGGGGACCAUAAGAGCCACGGCAGUCACAGGACACGUCUGAUCACACACACAUGCACACUUCAGACUGACUCAUAUACACACACCCUGGUAGCAGACUUGGUUAGGGAUGUGUGAAAGAGUGUGGUCUUGCCCCAAAAUGGCCACAUCUCUGAACCACAUCUCCCAUGAGCACCCUGCCCACAGUGGAACUCGAACACCAUGAUAUUAGUCACCUAGCAACAGCCAUUCAGAGACCUCUCCACGGUCAUGUGCCUUUCUGUCCACUCUAAAGCUUUCACUGAUAUAAAAAAACACUGAAAGGAUUGUUCUUUUUAUGUUCGGAGCGAGACUAAUGGUGGGGAGUGUUACUAGAAAACAGACAUUCAUUCAGCUCUUUCUACUGGACAAGCACAUCAGACCUGGGCAGCAGGGGCUUGUACUCCAGCCCUGUGCCCAGAGGAGAGGGGCUGAGUGGAGCUCUUACCUGGUACCUUGUGAAAGUACAGUAUGAAGCUGUAAGGAUGAAAUGUGUCGCAGUGAGAGAACUGUGCAGCAGGAUUAGCUUCUUCUCCCUCUUUCCUCCUGUCCUCCAUUUCUACAUUCUGUUUAUUUUCUGUGCAUUGUUCAGUGCUAGCUAACACUACUGCAGUUGUUCGUAUGGGACCAGGGUGUUAACCCUUCACACACAACAGGGCCUCUGUCUCCCUUUCUCAGGCAGUCUAACCUAACACCAUGCAACUAGCAGAGCUGAAUGAAGAUACAUACCCAAUGUGUGCGUGAGCAUGUAAGCCUUCCUGUCUCUAGCCCAUGUUUAUCCAGCUCUGAUACAAAGGAACAGGCUCUAUACCUCUUGAACUCGUUAACCUAGCUAUUCUCCAGUCAGACUUCCCGUGUGUGUGUGUGUGUGUGUGUGUGUGUGUUCGUUCACACAGAGAGCCAGCCAAGAGGAAAGGGAUCUUGUACUCUAUAGACUGGUUGUUUUUGCACAUUGUGACAGGUCAACAGAACCCAGUCAGUUAGGUUUUUAUAUUGAGCUGUGUAUGAGCCGUGCUGAGAGCUGAAUGUUGUGUGUUAUUAUAGUUGUUAAGAACAGUUUAGUCUGAAGAUGUCGGUGUGUUCGAGCACACAAACACCCGCUGUUGGUAGAAGUUGCCUCUAGGAUCUGCUUUCCUUCCCCCCAAUUCCUAAUAUUAACCAUUCAUAUCAAAGUGUAAUGCAACACUGACCUUUCGAUCAGUGACACAGGGUAAUGUCAGUCUUGCGAGCAGAUCCCCUGAGGUCCUGUAGGGGAUGCUGUGAGGCCACUUUUAUUUAUCUAGUUAUUUAUGUUCUGGCUUCAAAACAACCCUAUCAUGUAGCCCAGGGGAAACGCAUGGUACAUGUUACAUAGAAUAAUAAUGAUUGCAAUUAAAACAAAGGUAGAUGCAUUUUACUGUCGCAUACUGUAUGAUUGUCACUGGCUGCCCGACACCUCUUUCACCUCGUGACCAAUAUUUGUUUGGGGUUUUCAAAGCUAUACGGACAACAAGGUAUCAUCCACCUUUUGUCUCUGUAAAAGUGGUUUGAUCAUCUGGUGUUUGCAGAGUUGCCUCCACUGUCACAGCUGCACACACACCAUCGUGUUAAUUAGAACCCUACCAGGGAACAGAGGGCUGUAACAGUCCCAAUAACUGCUGGGGUCGUAUACGAACCAGCUUCACCUCACGAGUUACUGUUAUGGGGAGAUAAAGUUAAAACAAAUGUUUGAAGUUGAUUUGUUUGUCUGAUUCUAGAUGUCUGUGAGAGGAUGUGAUUGGAAUGGCAAAAGUCAAUUUGAAUAAGUUGCAGGUGUGAAAUCAUCUGUGUACUAUAUAUCUGUGUACUAUAUAUCUGUGCCAGUGGUUAGUAUGCCGGUGGUUAGAUGGCCUCUGAGCUAUGUUGGGUUGGUUGUUGACUGACUGAGAAAGAGACUGGGCCCACUGUGUUCUACAAACUACACACACCACAUUACCUCUACAGACCAACCACCCAGGUCCCCUACUCCACACACUGACCUCUGACCCCUACACAGUUCAGGGUUCAGAAAGUGUGAAGAGCUCUCUUUUAGUGCAUCUGUUUUAAUUGAACCACUUCUGUUCCCAUUACCAAGAACAGCACCUUUAACUGGCCACCUCUGCUAUCCUUACUAGCUUGUCAUUCAUUCAUGUGUUUAUUACUGUGCAUUUACCCCACCUCGAAUAAGGUAGUGGUUUUCAGAGGAGUCUGAAGGAACUUGUGAACUUAAUAAAGGGAAUGUUGGGAAAGGGUUUGGAACGCACUGUUUUAUCUGAUUACAAGUGUUCCACACCCAGUGAAUCAUGACCGACUUAGUUUUUCUACCUUUUUGAAUGUGUAUGAUAUUAUGUGUAUGAUAUUAUGUGUAUGAUAUUAUGUGUAUGCAUGCAAGAGUGUUUGUUUGUUCUCUUGAUGCGUGUUUGUGAGAGACUCAGCGAAGCCCUAAUUUAACACACUGACUAGAGAUUGGUACUCAUGACCCCCAGGUCUCAGUGUGCACUUUUAUUAUUACUACCUUCAUGCCUUUUGUUUUUCUACACUAAACGCUGUCUGUCAACUGCUUUGCUUCUCUCUUUCUGAGUAUUCUGGGAAAGAGCUGCACAGUAUUGUGGAACAGGAGCGACAGUAACUACAAAGAUGUAGUACCAUUAGAAACUGUGAAUUUCUAAAUAAAACAUUUUGUCUUUCACUCGA